AUGACCGAGGUCCACGAGAGGACCAAGGCCCAGUUGGAACGAGCCAGGGAACGCAUGAAGCACUGGGCCGACAAACGGCGAGGGCCGCUGCCAGUGCUCACCGAAGGACAGCUCGUUAUGCUCAACGCCCGGCACGUCAAGACCAAGCGACCUGCCAAGAAGCUGGACGCCAAAAUACUUGGCCCUUUCCGCGUCGCUAAGGUCAUCUCCCCCACUGCCGUACGGUUAACUUUGCCCAAGGCCUGGCGAAUCCACGAUGCCUUCCACGUCCUACGGGAGGCCCCUCCAGUAGAGACGGAGUAUGGUGUGCAGGAGAUCGAGGACUCCAUGGUCAACCCACGGGGAAGAGUCCUUUACCGCGUCAGGUGGGAAGGCUACCCUAAGGAGGAAGAUAAGACCUGGGAACCCUGGGACAACUUCGUGGGCGACGGAGCCAAGGCGGAAGUAAUCUCGCUCCAUCAACGGCACCCAGAUAAGCCAAGGGACGAGAGAGUCCCCCGGGCGGCGGAAUCAGGAAAGCAUCGGGUCCCGGAGGCCGAGAACCCCCGGCCCCGCAAGCAACGCCGGAUAAGGUAG